AUGGACGACCUUCCUAACGAAUUGCUCUUCCACAUUGUCGACCAACUCCGAGGCCCCAUGACCUGGUCAGAACCAGCAGACUACAGCCGAAUGCACGCCCUUGCGGCUCUUUGCUGCGUCUCAAAGAAGCUCUACCACAUUGCCCAGCCCUUGCUUUACGAAUCGAUAGAUCUACCUUCGAAUGAAGUCAUUCACUCACAGUCUCAAAGGCUCUGGCGCCAUCUGCAAGAACAGCCAAGUCUCCGCUUCAAGGUCAAAGCCCUUCGACAGAGAACGCGCCCUAGGCCGAUACAGGACGGCCAGGACCGUAUACGUGUUCGCGAUGAGUACAUUAAGGACAUCUUGCGAGACUUGAAAGCCGUUGGACUAGGCACCGAAGACGCCUCAAGACUCGUAGGCCGCUGGCUUAGUUUCGAGGACUUAUACUUCGCUCUAGUGGCCUUUCGGACACCGAACUUGGAACGUUUAUGGAUGCGGCCGCGUUGUCUUGACCAAGGGUUCUCUGGCGACUGUCAUUGUACACUUGUUGAGGGCAUAGGUCGCAUGACUAUGGGUGGACGAUGGCUCGACACUCACCAUUUUGACAAUCUCAAGACCCUAUACAUCGAUUUCACUUCAACGCCGGAAACGCACGUACAGUAUGCUCUACCUUUGUUACUUCUUCCCAACUUGGACGAGCUUACUCUUGUCGCAUGGGGUGGUAAUUACAUCAUUCGAGCGAACGAAGAUGGAGUCGGUUUUGACUACGACGACAUUGACGGCGAGACGACGAUUUUCGACGGUGAGUGGUCGUGGCCGUACCUCUCGUUGCCCAUCACCAAGCUCUCGCUGUUCAAACCAUUUGUGUCCGAGGAAAUAGUCAAUCGCAUGAUAACGUCGUGUAAAGCUCUGGAGCGAUUCGAAUGCUUUCACCCAGCACCUUCCAGCGGGGACGAUCGGUGGUUUGGGGGUCUCAUUCCUGCGCUGAACAACCACAUCGAGAGUCUUCAAAACUUAUCGUUAUUGUGUAGGCAACAUGGGCCCUCAUUAGAGUACAUUGGGAUGGCUCAGCUCGAUUCUCUUCAUGAGUUCACCAACUUGAACUCGGUCAGGGUCUCUUUGUAUAUGGUGUCUGAUCCCGGGGAAACUCUGAGUGUUCGAAGUCUGCCUGCUUUUUUACCGCCAAGUAUCACAUCAGUGCACAUCCACUAUCCCCGUGAGCCAAACGACGAAGCCGAUCAACAACUUCUCGAUGUUCUCACCGCGCACAAGGAUGGUAUCUUACCGUCGCUGAAAGAUGUAUACAUCACAUGGGUAUACUAUCAACGCGAAUGGGAAGAAUACGAUCUGCUAGAACGACUUCAAUCGCUGGUACAGAUCAAAGAGCAAUACGAGACGUCAUCGAUCACGUUUGACAUUAUGCUGACAAUCAGAGACGACAAAGGUAAGUGGCCGUUGCUUAGGGGAUCUUCAAGCAGUGCUAAUGUCUACUAG